GGGAGCAGAACAGGAGGGAGGGGGCAGAGGAGGUAGAAAAUUUUCCUCUUUUGUAGGAUUUUCACUGCACAACGGAUUUAAAAAAAAGAGAAAAGGAAAAAAAAUCGUAUUUCCCCCCUUCUCGUCUGUUCGGCUGUGCAGCCGCUCCCCCCGCUCCUUCCAUUCCCCCCUCGCCCUGAGGCACAAUGAUCCGCUCCGGCUUCUAUGCCCGUCAUCCGCUUGGCCCCGGACUGGGAACGUCUCUCCGGCUGCCUCUCGUGUAACGGGGAGACUCCUCUCGGCACCGGACAUUCUCUCGUCUGUCCCACCGUCUCCCUUUGUUGUUAGGAUUCCUGUGACUGGAUAUUUCAGAGCUGGGACCCCCCCCCCCCCACUCAGCCAGUGCAAGUGAGGGAUAGUGGGGGAGUUUAUGUUCUCAGAUGCCUGCAGGGGAAAUGGGGCCUCUGCUCCCUGCAAUAUGAAAACUCGUCAGAACAAAGACUCAAUGUCGAUGAGGAGUGGAAGGAAAAAGGAGAGUGCGGGCCCAAGGGAAGAGCGCAGAUCAAGGGGGAGAGCGUCCCCAGGUGCCAUCAGCACCUCAAGCAGUGACAGCAAGAGUGACAAGGGGCGGCCAAGUACAAAGAAGGGAAGAAUGGACGAUUCUGUCCCAAAAAACAGCAAGCGGGAGCGAGUAAAGGAUUCCUCUGAGAGUGAGGGGGAGGCCGGGAAAACCCAGAAGAAAGCCAAGAUAGAGUCUCCUGAGGUUCCGCGUCCUCCCCCAGAUGAAGAAAGCCUCGAUGGUCAGAGUGGCAAUGAGGAUGGUGGCAGUGACCCACGUGACAUUGAUCAAGAUAACCGCAGCACUUCCCCAAGCCUACACAGUGGAGAUAGCGAAAGUGAUGCCUCCUCUGUUCCAUCCCCCAAAUCUUUCCCUUCUCUGUACCGAAGCUCAUCUCCCCCACGACCUUCUCCUUCACCUGUUCCUGAGCCCAUAGUUCUACCACCCACUUCUCAAGCUCCACAGCCAACUUCCCAGAUUGAGCCCCAGGCACCACGAGCUUACCAACCAACGCAUCUUCCACAACUGUAUCCAAGUAAUGGUGGACUAGUCAAAGCUGGACCUCCUCAGCCCGCCCAGGUCAAGCCACCACCCACAACUCCAAUAGCAGGACUAGGCUCCCCCAGGCCAUUAAGCUCACCCACAGCCCCAGCUUCUGCACCUCCCAGUUGUUCCUCCUCUGCAUCUUAUCCCCAUGUGUCUCUCAAUUUGCCUCCACCCCCGGCUCUUCGUCCUCUAAAUGCAUCACCUGGACUUCAGUCUCAAGUGGGAGAAAAGGUUGGGCAGCCACUGCCACCUACAUCUAAUUCACUUCGUUAUCCCCCUUACCCUGGGCAGUACCCAUCCAGUUACCCUCACCCAUACCCUACACAGAGCAAGUAUAAUCAACCCCAGCCACCCUCUCAUUCUUCCUGGGGACAGAGUGGUUUAAACUAUGUGCGCGGGGGAGCAGGCCCCUCGUAUCCACAGCCACCCCCCCAAAAUGGACAAGCCGCAGGUGGCGGGCAGAAUAUUGCUGGGGGGUUUCCACCCCCCCACCAUGGAGGCACAAGGGCUCUGUCCCCUUUAAAUAAUCACCCACCUCAUCCCCACCCCACUACUGGUGGAAUUCAGUCUCAAGCCUCCCAAAUCAGUGUUCUCCAUUCUCAUGGAGGGGCAUCAGGCACUAGAGGACAGUCUCCUAACCACCCUCCGAAUAAUGUCCAUCACCCUCAUAUUCUACCAAAUAGAGGGCGCUCGCCUACCCCACAGAGCAAUUUGACUCCAGGGAGCACACCUCAGUCAGGCCACCAACCACCUCACAUCUUACCAGGUGGAAUUGUUUCUCCAAAUCCUCCCCCCCAGAACAAUACCCAGCUGACAUCUUCAGCAGGAGGAAGUGCAAGAGGACAAUCACCUGCACCUACAAAUACCCCUCAUCUACUUCCUCAGUCCUCUUCGUCAGGUGGGAACAUGGCAUAUCCUGCACCAGUGGAGCCCUCAAACCCACCAUCUAACCACCCUGUCUACCAGCCUCAUUCUUCACCAUCAAUGUGCCAGUACCCCCCAAGUUCUCAGACAUAUGCUAACUAUCCCUUUCAGGGCUACAAAGGGGCACCUCCAGCUGCUCCCCCUUAUAAAACUGCACCACCACCACCUUAUAAGCCAGGAUCUUUCCCUGCCUCCACACCUCCUCCUCCUUCCCAGGGAUUCAAGGAGGCAUCUCCUCCAGCAACGGCACCUGCCCCUCCACCUAUUCCUCCGCCUAUUCCUCCAGCACCUGCUCCUGUUCAGAUAAAGCAAGAACCCCCCGAAGAGAUUGAAGGUGAAGGAGAGAGUCCAGUUCCUCCUGUUAGCAGCCCCUCACCUCCCCCCAAACUUGUGGAUACACCAAGUCAUGCCAGUCAAUCUGCCAGGUUUAACAAGCACCUCGAUCGAGGGUACAACUCUUGCUGCCGCACCGACCUUUACUUUGUGCCUCUGGAAGGCUCCAAACUCUCCAAGAAGCGGUCCGAGCAGAUCGAAAGAGCUCGGAGAGAGAGCGAGCAGAGAGCACGGGAAGAGCGAGACAGAGAAAGAGAGAGGGAACGUGAGCUGGAGAGAAACACGAAACUGGAUUCCCGCUCUCAUGACUGCCCCCAGCUCUGUCCUCAGCCUCCUUGUCACCAUCCAUCCCUGACUUUACCCUCCCCUUCCUCUGCUGCCCCCCGCCCCCCUCACUUUGAGCCCCCUGGUGCAGUGGCAGCAGUGCCUCCCUACCUGGGACCUGACACCCCUGCCCUGCGCACCCUAAGUGAAUAUGCCCGUCCUCACGUACUCUCACCAGCAGGGCGAGCUCAGCCAGGGCACCCCCCACACCACCCUUUUUAUCUGCCCCUUGGAGACCCUCUUCUUGCCUACAACCUGCCGGCUGUGUUUGCCAGUGACCCAACUCGAGCAGAGAGGGAGCUGCGGGAGAGGCUGAAGCCUGGCUAUGAAGUAAAACCAGGAGAAUUGGAAUCCUUGCACCCAUCUUCUAUUCCCCUACCACCACCUCCUCCACAUCAUCCUGGCCCUCCACAGCCCCCUCCCUCAGCUGCAGGGGUCCCUCCACAGAUGGGACUGCAUCCUGCUUUCCCCUAUCAUCAUGGGCAACAUACACAUGCCCACGCACUUGAGCGGGAAAGACUGGCAUUGGGUGCUGCAGGGGCAGCCCAAGGAGGAGCUGCUGGUGCAGGAAGGGGGGAGCUGUGCUAUGCAGAACGUUUGGCUGCAGAGCGGCAACAUGCAGAGAGAGUGGCGGCACUGAGUGGAGAUCCACUGACGAGACUCCAGAUGUUAAAUGUGACUCCUCAUCAUCACCAGCACUCACAUAUCCACUCACACCUUCAUCUGCAUCAGCAGGAUGCCAUCCACGCAGCUGCAGCUGCUGUGCACCCCCUCAUGGAUCCCCUGGCAUCUGGUUCCCACCUCACGCGGAUCCCAUACCCAGCUACGGCUCUGCCAAACCCUUUAAUUCCCCACAGCCUGCACGACAGUGAUGUUCUCCGGCAGCAAAUAUUCGCUUCCCCCUACCGGGAUCUCCCAUCCUCACUCUCCGCUCCUCUGUCGGCUGCUCACCAGUUGCAGGCCAUGCAUGCCCAGUCGGCUGAGUUACAACGUCUUGCCCUGGAACAACAGCACUGGCUGCAAGCGCAUCAUCCCUUACAGGGGGUCCCCCUUCCUGGGCAGGAGGAUUACUACAGUCAUUUGAAGAAAGAAACAGAUAAGUCUCUGUAACAUCCGCUGGGACCACAGAGGGGCCAGAGUCUAUCUCACUGCUUGCAGGCGUCUGACUGGAAGAGACCACGUCCCAGGUCCAGAGGUGAUUGGUCAGAGUGCAAGGCAGCCUGUUCUACAAAUGGCUAUCCAGCAGCGCGUUGCACUGUGACAAUAAGAUAACCCUCCAAAGAAGACCAUUCAAGAGAAAUACCCCAUUACAGAGACACAAACCCUAAGAGAGAGUGACACACACUGUGAGACUCCUGCGGGCAUCCCAGGCCUAUAACAGACAGAGACUCUAAUAAGGAGAUGGUGUGGAAUACAAAGGGACCCAUAGUGACAGAGAUGUUUCAUUAGCCAGCAGCAGGUAACAGAAAUGAAGGGAAAGACUGCCUAUAGGGAGCGACACUGAGACACUCCAUGACAAACACUCACUUCACAUUGAUUGAUCUUUUGUGCCCAGGUCAGAGAUGUCCAACAUGUAGUCUCGCCAGCAUUGGUAGAACUACAUGUAACAUGCACUGAUUGAAAAGCUGACAGAGGGGCUGAUGGGAACUGUAGUUCAAAAUCAGCCGUAGGAUCCCCAGUUAGAUAUUACUGUCCUAAUUGGUUUGUUCACUCAUAUGAUUCAAAAGCACUUCCCCAUCUGACCCCCAGAGAGAAGUCCCACAUGUAGAGUUGGAUUUGAGUAUUAAAUGUGCAAUGCUGUCUGGCUGCUAGGUUCAGUGACCCUAGCUGCCAGAAAUCUCACUUAGCACAUGGCUAAAUAUUUAUUGCUUUUAUGUUAACUUAUUCUAGGCAGGGCCUGUCCUACUAAACUUCCAGAUUAUCAUUUGGUUUAAAGGGCAAACUGGAACACUCCGAAACAAGAAAUUGUUUAAAAUAGCAUAAAAGGAUACACACAAUGGGGCAAAUAUAGAAGAGCUUCCAUUUUCAUGGUGGUAAAAUGAUGAAAGUAGCACUUUGCGGCCACCAACUAGCACCCAGAAAUAUUUCUUAAGGUAUGGGUGCCCUUCAGAUGUUGCUAGGCAACAACUCCCAGCACCUAUAAUGGGCUCUAUCUAUGGAUGAGAUGCCGGGGUAGUUAAUAUGACUGUUGCCUAUCCCUGCUCUGUACUACUACAUUAUGAUAGGUAAGAGCCAAUUACCUGACACUAACUUUAUAACAGGACUAAAGGGUGUGAGAUCUCUCAGGCCAGUUCUUCAUUACUGGCAUCCCAUAAAUAUAACCCCCAUAGAGAAGCAUUACGGCAGACCCUGCACCACAGAGCCAAGGCCAGUGGUAGAAAGAGAGAGAGAGGUUCUAGGAGGUGGCAUUGAAUUGAUAGAAGCACUUGUUAUUCAGAGAGGGUUAUAGUCGGUGAGAUAGUCCGGUGAGACAACGUGGAAGGUUCCUGCACCAUUGGGACAGAUUGUGGCAAAGAAAAGACUUCUGCACAGCCAAGGACAAACGAGACAAAUUGUGUUUGAACGAGAGGAAAGACAAAGCAGAAUCCCAGGAUGCCCGUCAGACAGCCUGCAACUGAUGGCACAUUCUCAUGCCCUGUGACCAAACUGCUCUGUGACUAUUUGUCACCUUCACUCAACAUCCCUUGGACGCCACUGAUUACUUUUGUAUUGUAUAUUCCCAAAAGUCUGUAUGGCAGCAGCACUGCACCUGUCCCCCUCCACCCCUGCCCACUCUCCAGAUGUGUGUUUCUGUCCACGUGUACGUGGUGUGAGUGUGUUUGUGGUUCUAGCUGACCUUGCAUCAUUAUGGGACCUUUAGCUGGUAACGAAGUACGGUGUACAUACUGUAACUCCUGGCCUCUUACUGCCUCUUAAAGGAGAACUAAAGCCUAACUAAAGAAGCUAGAAAUGUUUUACAUUAUGUUUUGUGCUUCUGUACCAGCCCAAGGCAACCACAGCCCUUUAGC